CCCACGCCGUUGCUUCUUCGCCACCUUCCACGCACUCACUAUCAGGCGACUCCCCCCGCCGACCGUCCUCUGCGGCUUUUGAAGCAGUGGGUCAAACACCGACGCCAACACUGGAGCUGUAAAAUUAACAACGGGGGCUCCCGUUUAAAGCGCCACAGCAAGCUGACCAGCCAGCGCAGUGUGAUCACUUGCGACUCUCUCUGAAUCUGUUUCGGAGAAGUGCAAAUUGAUAUCCCAAAAGAAACCACUGCCGCCGCCGCACGUCCACCAAAAUUAACCCAAAUCGGAGCAAAAUGGUGCAAAACAAAAUGACCGAAGUUAAGGGAUUCCACCGCUCUUUCAAGGGCCAGAAUCCCUUUGAAUCUGAUGACUUCACUAAAAAUGGAUCCCAUCUUAUUGAUUCGUCAUUUAAUUUUGAGUCCUCCCCAAGACAUGACAUGCCUUCCAGCCAGCCUAUCGACAUCCCCGAUGCUAAGAAGAGAAACAAGAAGAAAAAGCGUUGCCGGGCAACUGACAGUUUCUCUGGACGAUUUGAGGAUGUCUACAGACUGCAGGAAGAAUUACUUGGGGAGGGCGCGUAUGCCAGAGUGCAAACAUGCAUCAACCUCAUCACCAACAAAGAGUAUGCCGUCAAGAUCAUCGAGAAAAGGCCGGGUCACAGCCGCAGUCGUGUCUUCCGUGAGGUUGAGAUGCUCUAUCAGUGCCAGGGCCACAGUAACAUCCUGGAGCUGGUGGAGUUCUUUGAAGAGGAAGACAAAUUCUACCUGGUGUUUGAAAAGCUCAGAGGAGGGUCAAUCUUGGCACACAUUCACAAGAGACGGCACUUCAGUGAGCAGGAAGCCAGUGUUGUCGUGCAGGAAAUUGCCAGCGCUCUAGAUUUCUUGCAUAACAAGGGAAUGGCACAUAGAGACCUGAAACCUGAAAACAUCCUCUGUAAGACUGAAGACAAGAUUUCCCCAGUCAAGAUCUGUGACUUUGACCUGGGCAGUGGGAUCAAGUUGAACAGCGACAGCUCACCCAUCUCCACCCCUGAGCUCCUCACUCCUUGCGGCUCAGCGGAGUACAUGGCACCUGAGGUGGUUGAAGCCUUCAGUGAGGAGGCCACAAUUUAUGACAAGCGCUGUGACCUGUGGAGCCUUGGAGUCAUCCUCUACAUCAUGCUGAGCGGCUACCCACCCUUUGUAGGCCGCUGUGGGGGUGACUGUGGCUGGGAGCUGGGGGAACCCUGCCACACCUGCCAGAACACUUUGUUUGAGAGUAUUCAGGAAGGAAAAUACGAGUUCCCAGAGAAAGACUGGGCUCACAUCUCCUCAAGUGCCAAAGACCUAAUAUCCAAACUUCUGGUUCGGGACGCCAAAAACCGCCUGAGUGCCAGCCAGGUGCUGCAGCACCCCUGGGUGCAGGGGGGUGCAUCUGACACUUUACCAACAUCCAUCCUGCAUCAAAGAACCAGCAGUGCCAGGGAUCUGACAUUCUUUGCUGACAAGGCCAUGGCUGUGAACCGACAGCUGGCUGAACAGGAUGGCAUGGAAGAGCAGCAGCAGCAGGAAGUCCCGUUUGUUGUUACCGCUUCUGGCUCUUCCAUACGCCUCUCACCUCCUUCCAACUCCAAGCUGGCGACGCGCAGGCAGCGAAACAGCCAGCCCAAGGGAGGGCCCGUCUCUGCAGCAGAGCUCCGUCAGCUCUUGGCCCCUCUCGUUAUUGUGGGAGACUGUGCCUGAACUUUGUCAACCCAGACCUCUGACCCUUCCGUCAAGAUUCAAGUCCAGAUCUAAGACUACCCUGAGACACUUUCUCCCCAAUUCUGGCCCCUCUCUCUGACGCUGUAGCUGGCCUUGGUUCCUCUGCCAUUCAGGCUUUCUUGCCUCGCUGUAAAGGGAGAUGCUGCUUGCAGCCCUUCCUCUAAAUGCCUUCUGCCCUUUUGCAGCACUUCUGAAGCACAUCACCCCAGGGCCUGCAUAUAGCAAACACACACACAUGUGCAUGUCAGGGUUGGGGAGGAGGGCCAGUAAGUGAUUUGGGAGAGAGAAGUAUUUUCUAAGUUAUGUUUUUUUGUUUUGUUUGUUUUCAUAAAACUCAGUUCAGAAGAAAGCAGAACACUUAUCUUCGAAACUAAGCUCAGACACCAAAGGACAACCUGUUGUGCUGCUCCCACGUUACAACUGGAUCCACUGUGAAUUAAGUUAUCUGGAAUGUUCUCUUUGCCUGUGUGUAUAUGCAUGAAUGGCCCAUCCUGCAGAUACGUACAAGCUUAUGCAAUAUGCCAAGAUGAAGGCUGUUCCUGUCUAGAAGGGAUUCAGUAAAAGGGGUUGGUAGGGCUGUAAGCCAAUGCUGUCCGUGCCUGGUGCGGUCCAUUAACAUGGCUGGGGACUUCAAAGAUUAUUAUUUUUUUGUCUCCAUUUCAGAUAAAUUCCUCAACACUGGGCCUCCUCUGUAAAUGUCUGAGAUAAAACACGCACUCAUCUAGGCUAGUGGUCAUGCACUUAAUGCUCCUGGAGCAAAGAAUGUCUGUCUGUACCCAGCCGGCUAUGAAUUACUGUUGCACCGAUUCAUUCAGUUUAUUUCAUGAACAUACGUAUAUGCCAAACUAUCAGUAGCCACACCUUUCAGUGUUUAAAUGAGACCAUCAGGCAAGUCUAAUGAUAUUGGAUUAAACUAAUUUACUUGGUUUGUGAUGCAUGGCCAUCCCAAAAUUAGACUUCUGAGCUAUCUCUGAAGUAUAUCUGGUCUGUUGGUACAAGCUAAUUUUGUUUGAAAAUGGGUCAGUGUUACUUUAAUUGUAAAGAAUUCAUGACAUGUCCCCUUGCCACAACCAGAACUUGUUUUUGUUUUUAAUUUUUUUUGUAAUUUUUGUUUCUACAAAUCAAUACAUAAGAUUUAACCUUGACUAUUUUGUCAGUAAAGGUUAGAACUCCUAUCAGGGGUUUGAAAAGCACAUUUUGGCCAAUGUGACAGAGUGUCAUCUGUUGAUUGAAUACAUUUAUUCGGACCAUUUUUCCCCCCGAAAAAGGUUCGCUAUUGUCUUGUUUUUUUUUUUUUUGUUUUUGUUUUUUUUAUGAGACACCCCUUUCAAAAUGACAUAAAUUCUCAUGACAAAAAAGGAGGCAGAUAAGAUUUUCCAAAAAAGAAACAUCAAAAAAAAAAGGAAAACAUUCCACAAAAAGAAAAACAAACAAAAAGUCUUCCAUAAAUGUGUAGCUGUAUUAAGUUUACUUUAUGUUUCAUGUUUGAAAACUCCAUGUCAUUGUGCCACACUGAUUUUUAUUUCUUCCCUUUUUUUGUAUGGCUGUUAAUAAGCUUUUUAUUUUCUAUAUGGUGGUUUUCAUGCAGGUGCUGUUCAGUUCAGGUGAAACACCGGAUGUUUUCCUCGUUUUUUGUUUUUAAAAGUUCAGAGUAUGUGGUGUAUGAGGUGAGAUGGAAAGAGUUUGUUUAGUUGAUCUGGAGCGUUCAUGCCCAGUGAAGGGGAGUUUUUAAGUUUUAUUUUUUUAUGUGUUAAGAGUUGGCAAUAAUCUUUUUUUUUUUUUUUUUUUGUUAAUUCAGAUUAAGUUAAAGCUCAUUCUGAAACUGACAGGUAAUGGACUGGUGAUGAGGUCUCACAACACUGUAGCCAUUUCACCAAAGAGGGUUCAAGUCAUGACAUUGAACGUGUGAUCAUCACCGAGCAGUGAGAAGUGCGGACUUCUGAUUGUCCAUGUCCUGUUGCCAGCACUGCAGCAACGGUACUCUGGAAAUGGCUCUCUUGGUGUCAUUAUGCUGAUAAUAGGACACUGUAAUAGUUCUGAAAUACCUUUCUACAGAUGCAUCGUUAUGGGGUUUUAUGUCUUAUAAUAAGACUUACUUGAAUUUGUGUAUGCAGCUGUUUCUUCUCCAUUUGGGAAACUACUUUGCUAUCAGUAAUCUCAAAGCAUUAAGCUGAUGAUCAAGGCAAUCUUGGGUUUUUGAAAAUACCUAUACAGUUCAGUAUUCUGCCUUUUUCUCCCUUUUGAGCAUCAGAUGAGUUGGUCCCUACUUUUUGAUAGGGUUGGAUACUCAAACGCACACAUAUUGGCCAUACUCUGUAAUAUCCUGAAUGGUAUAACAGUUUUUUUGGUCAUGACCAUUUCUACUUUUGUCGAAUGGCAGUAGCUUUUUGGACUGCCUUUUACUGGGGGGGAAGACGGGACAAAAUGAUAUCCUUAAGCCUCGCAAUUUUUAUAUUGUAAGUCAUUUUGAAGUAAGCAAGUGUUAAAAUCCAGUCAUUCAUUCAAAUGGACAGUCCAUCAUCCACCUCCCCACAAUUUGAAUGUAGCCCACAAGCAAAAGCAUUUACAAUCCAGCAACAUUGAUCAAAAUGUUUUAUAAAUGCUUCAUUUCAUGGACAUGGUGUGGGGUCAUUCUGUCUACGUUGAUUCAGUCUCAAUUUUAUUUUAUUGUUUGAGCGUUGACACCUGAUUCAAACACUGUCUGAAUCACCCCAAGCCCAUCGUGUUCAUGGGAGAAGAUUUAAAAUAAAUACAUCCUUUAAUACGAAAUACUUUGAUUUAAAAUAAGCACUUUACUGUACCAUGUGAAUGAUUGCAGUUCACUCGAAGCAACAUUUGACCGUUGCUACAGAAUUUUGUAUUGUUUUUCUAAAAAAAAAAAAAAAAUGCAAUAAAAUGCUUUGAACUACA